GAUCUGGAAAGUGACGAUCAGUCGUGGUCUCCCACUCGGAUCUCCCCCCUCGAGCCUAUCCACAUGGAGCUUCCCAAGCCCGCUUCCCGAUCCGUCAAGACAUCCACUCGUCGCAAGCCGGCACAACCGAAGCGCGAGCCUGCUACUCGGUGGUCGUCGAGCCCUGAAAUCACCCCUCAGGACUACCCCGCUGCCAGCGUUUCUCCCCCUCCCGCUCCCGCCUCUCCUGCUGCCAACCGCAAGACCACCCGCAGUCUCUCUAGCGACUCGAACGCCAGCACCGGAGCUCAGACCACUACCGGUCGCAAUGCCGCCAAGCGGGCAGCGCACAACAUCAUCGAGAAGCGGUACCGCACGAACAUGAAUGCCAAGUUUGUUGCAUUGGAGAAGGCCAUGUGCGGAGGAGUGCAGAAGCCAAGCAAGGGCGGAUCGGCAUCGCUGAAGAAGUCGGAGAUCCUGACGAAUGCCAUCACGUUCAUGCAGGAACUGCAAGAGGAGAACAAGGCUUUACAGAAGGAGCUUGCCAUCAUGAAGCAGAGCAUGGUGCCGAAUGGGAUGUGGCGACACAACAAGGGGAGCGAUGUGUACCACGCAUGAGCGUGAUGCAUCUCUUCCUGUCAUGACCGUCACGUUUACUGUAUAAUAUUAUGAGCUUUCCUUUGUCUUACAAUGGUGUUUUACCAGGGGUAUAUGGCCCUCUCCUGUCGGGCGGCGAAUAUGGGCUGGAAUUUUGUUGAUAUACCCG